CUACAUGUGGCAGGGGCGAGUGAGUAGCCUCCUGGCGGGAGGCUCAGUGUGCGUCUGGCCGGUGUGGGAACAAGACAGUGCUCCCGAGUCAGACUGACCAUCCUUCCGAAGCGGAACCACAGUCAUGCGCGCAGUGGCGACGGCGGCGCUGGUGGUGUGCCUGGCGUCGCAGGCGUGGUCCCAGGCGGCCUCCAGCAGGCAGCUCCCGCCGGAGAUUUACGAGGAAUUCCAGAGCUUCGUGCAUCAGAACGGCGGGCACCUCCCCCUGCGCAACCGGGGCCGAGCGUACCCGCCCUCCCUCAGGCCUCCGUCGCCCCCCGUGUUCCGCCAUCCGCCUCCGCCUCCUCCUCCUCCCCCUCCUCCAGGCACCCGCUAUGUGCCUCCGAGAAAGCCUGGGCAUCGGCCGCCCUUGAGGGACCCGAAGAAGGCGCAGGCGGCGGCGUCUUCGAGUCAGCUGGACCAGAUACAUAAACAAGGGGCCGGCGGCUGCGAGACAACUGAAGGCUUCCACUUUGCAGGCGAGGUGUGGUACCCGACGGGAUGCAGGCGGCGGAAAUGUAUUCACUUUCGCGGCAAAUUCUUCACAGAGACCGACUCAUGUGAUUCGGAGAUCCACAACACAACCUACAAAUGCAUCGUGCAAGUAGAUUUGACAGCCCAGUACCCAGCCUGCUGCCCCAAGUACCGCUGCAAUCCGGAUAACCUUGGAAAUAGCGUAAAAUAGAAUACGGAGCGACGGCAACACCUCCAAACGUUAAUUCAAGAUAGGACAGUUAGCUCAUCAGAGUGCUUUUUCGUCAUAAAUUUUGCUUGUAUGAUCAUCUUUGCUGGUCUGCUGAUGUCUACACUAAUCAAUAGAUCCUGUGAGAGGUUCUUAUUUGAAAACUUGGUUCUGUUUUAUGCUAAUCUCCCAUUUGCAUAUUCCAUUUUCUUUUGAUUGGUUCUCGUUUUCUAUCGGAAGGCAACUGUUUUACUUUCAGCUUCCUUUUUAUGCAUAUGAUAUUUAUUCAAAGAUUGUACAAACACACUCCCUACGAGAAGAGUAAAAUAACUAUGACUGAACGAUAGAAACGGUGCCUAUAGUUUUUUUUUUCUGGGAAAUGUUCAGUAUUUUAGAAUGGCGCUCUUGUUUUAAUUCUGGCAUUUUUUACUUCAUGGUUAAUUCAAAUUUUAUAGACAGAAUUCUAAAGAAAUUAUUCCAAUCAGUGAAUAGGAAAUUUAAUUAUACAUCUUCAAAGUUUUCUAUCUUUGGGAACAAGGGCUGUUAUUUCCCAUUCUAUUGAAUUCAUUUAAUUUCACUUUUUCUAUUGAAUAUGAAGCUGCGGCUUUGCUGUUCUGUAUUGUUAACUGUUAUUUUUUCUGCUGUUACUGAUGUAAAGUCAAAUUAUAUCAAAUACUGUGUAUGGAAAACAUAGAUGAAGUUUAUUUAUGAUAC